AUGAUGCUUUGCGGCGUGAGUUCCCAGGCCGUGACAACUCUGGCGACAGGCCUAUCUGACGCUCUGACCCUUUUCAAGUCGCCGCCUCACAGCCGCAGAUACACCCCGGCUCCAGGCCUGGAUAAGGGGGUGCAGGGGGCAGCAGGGGAGGGGCCCUCUGUCCUCGACACAAACAAAGUCCCGCCUCCUUCUGCAUUUCCUGUGAUUGACACCAGCGUCCGCCGCUCUAACGCCUCCUCAAUCACGGUGCUUUAUGGUGCGAGGCGACAGGUCCAGGCCUCACACCAGGGCUCAGACUGGUCCUGCUCUUCCGAACAACAACAGUUCCAUCUUAAAGCCUCCCAGUGUAACACACGAGAAGGCAGAGAGGAAGAGGCCUUCACAGAGAAGGCAGAGAGGAAGAGCAUCCCACUGUACAGGCCUUCAAAGAGAAGGCAGAGAGGAAGAGGCCUUCACAGAGAAGGCAGAGAGGAAGAGCAUCCCACUGUACAGGCCUUCACAGAGAAGGCAGAGAGGAAGAGGCCUUCACAGAGAAGGCAGAGAGGAAGAGGCCUUCACAGAGAAGGCAGAGAGGAAGAGGCCUUCACAGAGAAGGCAGAGAGGAAGAGGCCUUCAGAGAGAAGGCAGAGAGGAAGAGGCCUUCACAGAGAAGGCAGAGAGGAAGAGGCCUUCGCAGAGAAGGCAGAGAGGAAGAGGCCUUCACAGAGAAGGCAGAGAGGAAGCGGCCUUCACAGAGAAGGCAGAAAGGAAGAGGCCUUCACAGAGAAGGCAGAGAGGAAGAGGCCUUCACAGAGAAGGCAGAGAGGAAGAGGCCUUCGCAGAGAAGGCAGAGAGGAAGAGGCCUUCGCAGAGAAGGCAGAGAGGAAGAGGCCUUCGCAGAGAGGAAGAGGCCUUCGCAGAGAAGGCAGAGAGGAAGAGGCCUUCACAGAGAAGGCAGAGAGGAAGAGGCCUUCACAGAGAAGUUGA